AGAUGACGACUAAAUGAGAUCAGUAUUCCGUAGCGUUGUGUUUUGUACAGUAUUGUGAUCUCGACAUGGAGGAACUUCCUGGACGAAUUUUCCGUCUAUCGUGCAGAGAAUUGGAAUAAGUAGUAACGGGCGCUCGUGAUCAUGAAGCUCUGCUGGUGGUUUCGUCCAUGUGAGUGAUUAUAAUGGAUUUAAAACCAUGAAAUACUGAAUGCGUGUACGAACGAGGCUCACGAUGGGAGACCAGCCGUAUCUGUGGCACAUGGUGCCAUCAGUGCCUUUCUACGACGUCCACGGGGGCCCUCAGCCGAUGCCUCGGAGACCCGUGGUUCGCAAUGCGUCCGCAGACAGCCUUCUCAGCUCUCCCUACGGAUAUUCCUUCGGACCACCACUGGUAGAUCCAACUUACGACGAUGUUGGCAUCCCAAUUAUCCCGCCACCUAAUGUCGUCGAACCCGUCAUACAUGGUAGGCCUUAUGUUCCUCCGCAUCCCGCUCCACGUCAACGGCAGCAAAUCCCGAGGAACCAUUCAGUGCAAUUCAGAGACGUUGAAUGCGUGCCGACGUUCGUGGCGCCUCGGGAAAAGCCGCGACGAAUAGCGCCGCAACCGCCUAUGCAAGAGCCGCCUCGAAUGCCACCUCCUUACCGCCCGCCGCCUGAACCCCCCGGAAGGCCAUCGGCGCCGAAACCAGCCCCAGUAAUCGGCCUGGAUCCCGGCCCGCCGCCACAAGCACCGCCACGACGCAGGCACUCGCAGGGCAACCUGUCCCUAGCCUCUUCCCACCACGUAUCUUCUGCCAGUGUCGAUUGUUUAGAUGGUUCUGUAGAGGACCUGAAGAUAUCCGUUCGUGAUCGGAAAAAGCUCUUCGACAGCUUCUCCUCUGAGAACUUGCUCUCGACGACGACGACGGCGCCGUCGUCGUCUCACGCUCGGAAGCAGGCACAGUCUCGGGGAUCCGUGGGAUCCCAGGAUCAAUCUGCAAGACAAUUCGCUCUGGCCUGUGCAGUGAAUGACGUGGAUAAGAUCCUGUCGAUGAUUGCCGAGUGUCCGGCUUUGGCCCAGUGGAGGGAUCCCGUCACGGGUUACGCUGCAAUCCACUGGGCCGCGAGGAAAGGCAAUGUGGACAUUUUGAAGGCUCUGGCGGAGACGGAGGGUUUCGAUGCGAAUGCCAAGACGUGUAGUGGGUACACGGCAUUGCAUCUGGCGGCGCAGUUCAACCGCGAUGAUUUUUACCAAGUGCUUCUCGGGGAACUGGGAGCCGAUGCCAGUAUGCGGGAUUUCAGUGGGAGAAAGCCUCAUCAGUACCGACAAAAGCAAGAGGCGUCCAUUUCCGCCAACGUCCUCAGUCGCAUCAACGUGCGGAAAACGCAGCACCAGCUCACCAGAGACCAAAAGCUGAACCGUUUCGGCUCCAUCAACGUGCGCGUGAAGAAGACCGCCGAAGCCCUGAAUCACAUCAUUGGCGGCAACAGCAUCGCUAGGAUCCUGCCGCCAGACAAGCGUCCCCUGAGUGUCGGUCUCACGGGCUCCACCAAGUCCCUGACGUCUUCCCUAUCGUCGUCGCAGGAAGACAAGACCGUGCGACGGUUUUCCAGUGUCGAGCCGUCGGUCGAGCCCGGGGAUGACGACGUCGCUUGUGGAUUCGGGCGUGAAUGGCGGGUCAAGGAGUGA